AUGUCUAAAUUGCUCGGAUAUUUCGCUCUUGGAGCUCUGGCGGCUUGUGCCGUGGCCACUCCUGUCGCUGAGCCUGCCAUCACUGCUGCCCCCAGCCUGGACAAGCGGGCCACCACCUGCACCUUCUCCGGCUCCAAGGGUGCCUCGUCAGCUAGCGCUUCGCAGAAGUCUUGCUCGACUAUCAUUCUUUCCGAUGUGGCCGUUCCUUCUGGCACCACUCUCGAUCUCAGCAAGCUCAAUGACGGUACCCAUGUUAUCUUUGAAGGUGAAACUACCUGGGGCUACAAGGAGUGGGAUGGCCCCCUCUUGCAGAUUAAGGGCAACGACAUCACCAUUAAGGGUGCCAGUGGUGCCAAGCUCAACCCGGAUGGUGCGCGCUGGUGGGAUAGCGAGGGGUCUAACGGUGGAAAGACCAAGCCCAAGUUCUUCGCCGCCCACAGUCUGACCUCGUCCACGAUCACCGAUCUCUAUAUUGAGAACACUCCUGUCCAGGCCGUGAGCAUUAACGGCUGUGAUGGGUUGACGAUUACAGACAUGACUAUCGACAACAGUGACGGAGAUUCCAAUGGUGGCCAUAACACCGAUGGCUUCGAUAUUGGGUCCAGCAGCAACGUGGUCAUCACCGGUGCCAAAGUGUAUAACCAGGAUGACUGCGUUGCCGUCAAUUCUGGAACCGAUAUUACCUUCAGUGGUGGCCUCUGCUCUGGUGGCCACGGCCUCUCUAUUGGCAGCGUUGGUGGUCGCUCUGACAACACCGUCGACACCGUUACCUUUAAGGACUCUACUGUUCAAAAGUCCACUAACGGUAAGAGCAACAGAUUCUGUCUCAUCUAUGUUACUAUCGGGAUUACAGCUCACUGGUAUUGUCUAGGCAUUCGUAUCAAGGCAACUGAGGACACCACCGGCACUAUCAAGGGCGUUACCUACUCUGGAAUCACCCUUUCUUCCAUUUCUAAAUACGGUAUCCUGAUCGAGCAGAACUAUAAGGGUGGUGAUCUCAAGGGCGACCCAACUAGCGGCGUGCCCAUCACCGACCUCACUAUCAAGAACAUCUCUGGUUCUGGGGCUGUUGCCUCCAGCGGGUACAAUGUUGUCAUUGUCUGCGGCAGCAGUGGAUGCUCGGACUGGACUUGGAGCAGCGUGAAGGUCAGCGGCGGCAAGAGCUAUGGUAGCUGCCAGAACGUCCCUAGCGUUGCCAGCUGCUAA